AAGAAUGUAGAAGGCAUGAGCGACUGCCUGACAGGCUGAGCGACCGACCGGGGCGUGGAUCGUCGAUCGAGCGCAGCAGCAGAGCAGCAGCAGGAGCCCGAGGCCAAGAGCAGAAAAGACGCAACAGCAGAGCGCUGCUGGAGAUGAUGGCCCUGCUGCUCCUGUUGCAGCGCUGAAGAACAAACAGGAGAAGGAGAAGAAGAAGGAAGAAGAAGAAGAAGAAGAAGAAGAGGAAGCCGAGUCCAAAAGGACGAGGAAUCCAAGAGGCAGAAGAAGAAGAAGAUGUAGAGGUGGGGGAGAGGGAAGGAGAGGAGGAGGAAGAGGAGGAGGAGGAGGAGACGAAGGGGAGGGACGGGAAGAGAAGAGACGAGGGGAGGGGAGGGGGAAGUGGGAGGGCAGAGAUUUCGGGGAGGGAGGAGGAGAGGAGGAUGAAUUUGGAGGAGGAUGACACGGGCCAGAUCCAGGGCCUGGGAGCGUUGGGGAAGGCUCCGGCAGUGGAGCCCGUGGUGCCAUUCAAUCCGUUCAAGAAUGAUACGGCGGAGUGGGGGGUGCUGGAGCUGCUGAAGACAGUUUUGUUGACGCCGCUGUGCGUGGUCAGGGCGUUGUUAUGGAUCACGUCGAUGCUGCUGGGAUUUUUGUGCACGAAAGUGGCCUUGAUCGGGGCCAAGGAUGUGUUGAAGAAGCCCUUUCCGGCCUGGAGACGGCCGCUGCUUUUUCCUGUGCGAUUUUUCGCUCGAGUGCUUCUCUUUGCUUGUGGAUUCCAGUGGAUUCACAUCAAGGGCAAGCCUGCUCCGCGGGAUCAAGCGCCUAUUAUCGUCAGCAACCAUGUCACUUUCGUAGAUCCCGUGUUCAUUUUCUUCAGGCAUUUGCCGGUCAUCGUCACUGCGCAGGAGAAUUUGUCGUUGCCCAUUGCAGGAGCCAUCAUGAAGGCAAUGCAGGUCAUCUCUGUGAACCGAGUUUCUCAGGACUCUCGUCGCCACGCUUCUGGGGAAAUCAAGAGAAGGGCUAUGUGUAAUGACUGGAGUCAUGUCAUGCUCUUCCCUGAGGCCACGACCACGAAUGGCAAAGCUCUGGUCACUUUCAAAGCGGGUGCCUUCACCCCGGGCUAUGCGGUGCAGCCCAUGGUGAUUCGCUACCCUCAUGUGAAGGUGGAUCCGUCCUGGGUCGGAGAGGGCCCCCCUGUUCAUAAACUUCUUUUUCGCCUCAUGACUCAAUUCCACAAUUAUAUGGAGGUGGAGUAUUUGCCCAUCAUCAAACCUACGUUCACAGAGCAGAAAAAUCCACGACUUUUUGCAGAAAGAGUUCGCGUGACCAUGGCUAAAGCUCUCAAUGUGAUGGUAACCGACCAUAGUUACGAGGACGCAGCCUUAGCCACAGAAGCUACCAAGCAAGGCGUGGACAGUGGAGCUAUUCUUCUGGAAUUCACAAAAAUCGAACGACUCUUCCACCUCAGUAGCAAAGAUGCCAAACAUUUAUUCUCAAAGUUCCGUGCUUUGGGGUGCGGAAAGAGGGGAGUCGUGGCUUACGAAGAUUUUGCUCAAGCUCUGGAGCUUCCCAACUCUCCCCUUGCUCGUCAGCUCUUCCAAUUCUUCGAUCGCGAGAGUAGUGGAUACAUUACAUUUCACCAGUAUGCCUUCGGCCUCGCUUUUAUUUUGAAGCACAAGUAUUUUACUGAGGCUUCGGAAGCAACUCUGAAGUAUUGUGCUGGGGACGAGAGUGAUCAUCUGCGACGUGAUGAUUUGGGCGUGAAAUUGAAGGAUGUUAUUCCCUCCUUGUCCGAUGAGCAGGUUUCGAAGAUUUUUGACAGACUCGAUACAAAAAAGACCGGCGAAGUCAGUCGAGCAGAUUUCUUGAGCUUCUUGGAGGCCAAUCCAGAAUAUGUAGCCCUGUUUUUGAUAUCUAGACCAGAUUUGAUCUCCAAACACAAGAAGGAUGAUAGAAUGUACAUGGGUUUAAACGGCAUGAGGAAAUCAAAUUCUGGUAGAUAUUGAAACUUGUCAUCUAGGCCUGACGCUUAAUGUAAGUAUUACGUCUCCCCUGCCUGCUUAUCUACAAUUCUUGGAAUUGUUCAAAUUUUACUGACAAGGAAAGUGAAGUUGGUUCAACAGCACUCUUGUAGAUGUAAAUAUGCAAGCGAUUCAGCCUGUCUUUGUAAUAUACAUGAUAUAGAAGUAAAGAGAUCUAAGCACG